UAACAAUAGUAAUAACAAUAAUAAUGCAGUGUAGUAUACGAUACUAUGUAUGAAUGUAGUAUACGAUACUAUUAUAAUAUGCGCUUGAAUAAAAUUCUAUACAUCACAAUAUCGUGUAUACCAGAUUUCACUCAAUAGUCAAUAAUGGCGGAAACGAUAAUUGCGGCGGACACCAGCCUGGAAAUGGACGAUGGCAAAAACGACGACGAAAAUAGUAAGCGUUCUACCACUCGUCUGUUGUCCAGGUCGUUGAGCAAGGUCAGCAACGUCACGUAUGACACCAAGAAGAACAUGGCGCAGGGGAUGAUGGACAUCGCGCUGCUCACAGCCAACGCUAAUCAGCUCCGGUACAUACUGGAGUUCCGCGACGUUAACUCUACGAAUUUUGUUCUACUGUUGGUGCUGAUUGCGUGCAGCCUCAUAUUACAAGUGAUUGUUGGAACUAUUCUCAUAUUCAAAGGUCGCAUGGCCUGUAUCAGUAGCGGCACGUCCAAUGAGAUAACCAAAGUGGAUGUCAUCAAAUUAAACAACUAUGUAGUCCUUGGAGUAUUUCUUAUAACCGUCAUCAACAUAUUCAUCGCAGCAUUUACAGUAGCACCGACUUAACAUUAUACUUAACACAAUAUGGUAGCACACUGCAUAUCACCAACAAAAUUGUAUGUUUACUGCAGCAUAGUAGUAGCAUCUGAUCUGUGAUCUUCACAGUCAUGAUGAUAAUGUUGUAUAAUAAAUUAAUAAUUAUAUUAUAUUUAAUAUAUAAAAUACACGCAUACGGUCAUACUCUAUGACACAACUUGCCAAUAAAAUAUAUGUGUUGGAUUUCAAAUUGCAUUUUUAUAUUAUAUUUCAAUUAAAAAAUGACUACAGAAUAGAAAGUAUAAAAUAAAAUACAGAAUAAUUAAAUAUAUACCAGGGAUGGAAAACAUUUAAAAAUGAAACUAAAACAAAAAACCAAAAAAAAAAAUUAGCAAUUUGAAAUGUUUUUGUAAAAACAGAAUUAUUCUAGUAGGAUAAUUUAGAUUAUUUGAAGUAUUAAGUCUGUCUAUAUAAACAUAUUGAUUGUGAUGAGUUAACAUUUUAAGUUUCUCAUUGUUAAAAUUCAUUUUUAUUUUUUACCCUAGGGGCUAAGAAUAACAACGGCAUAAAAAAUGCUAGAAAAUAUUAUGAUUAUUAAAACUACAAUCAUAAUCCCCAAUAAAUAUAUAUCAUUAUUACUAUUGUAAAAUUAUCAAAUUUAUUUUAA